ACCCUUAACAUAUGGCCUUCUUCUCCAAGGUUCAUGACAAUUUCUCCGGCAACUUUCAAACUCCGGCGACACCGUUACCGAUGUGGUGUGAUGACACUACUAUCUCACCUUGUUUCUUUGACAAUUAUGGGAUCACAAUGCCACAAGAUUAUGAAAUCCCUACACCAAUAAUAUCCCGAUCGUCGUCUUGGAAGGCUUCAAUUCCGGAGCGAUUUGGAGUUUCUGAUCAAAUGGUGGUUCCAACUUCACCCACCGGAUUUAGUAAGAUUCCUAAUGGAAGUGAUUAUCAAAAGGUUGAACAUGAUGAGUAUUUUUGUAACGGCGGUGGCGGCUAUGACUCCAACUCUUGGUCAUCUAACUAUCCCACUCCAACUAAUAAUUGGGAAUCUGAAAGCCCAAAAACGAGCAAGGAAGUCGAAGAACCGACUCUAAAAAUUGGGAGGUACUCCAUGGAGGAAAGGAAAGACAAGAUCAUGAGGUAUCUCAAGAAGAGAAACCAAAGGAACUUCAACAAGACCAUUAAGUAUGAAUGCCGAAAGACAUUAGCUGACAAGAGAGUACGAGUUCGAGGGAGGUUUGCAAAGAACAUCAAUGAUCAUCUUCAUCAAAACGAGCAUCAACACGAGCAUCAUCAUCAUCAUGAUCAUCAUCAACCGUGUGAAGAUCAAGCGCUUCCCAAUAUAUCUACUACCAAUUAUAAUCCUUCUGAGGAAGAGAUUCAACGCCAAUACCCUAACAAUUUUCUGAUGAAGGAGGAUUAUGAUGAAGAGGAAGAAUGGCUGCAAGAAGCAAUGGCUAGUUUGUUGUAUUCACCACAGAUUAUUUAGAUCAAUUAUUUGUUAAUCUCAAUUUUUAUCUAGCUAUAUGAUCGAUCAUAAUAUAUAUAUCCUUCCAUGUAUAUAUAUAUAUCCAUUACGGUUUCAAGCAAUCGAUCAAUGAAAAUCAGUUUAAAAGAUUUUUA